AUGAGGAACAGUGACCUGUGGAUGAAGAGCUCACAGGGCACCGGGAAGAUUUCUGUCACAGUCUUUACAAGAAAUGGCCCGCCUGGAGUUUCCCAAGGGCGGUGCCAGGCUGCCCUGGCCCCUCACCUGAGCAGGGAGGCUCAGCAUAAAUGCCUGCCUCCCCUCACCUACAGCCACAGACCACCAGCUCUGCCCAGCAGCCACCAGGCAUGGGCGGAGUCUUUAGAGUCCUGUCCCCGUGGUCUUUCCCAUGCAGGGUCUUGGGACAUGUGGCGAGCCUACUCUGACAUGAAGGAAGCUAACUGGAAAGAAUCUGACAAAUACUUCCAUGCUCGGGGGAACUAUGAUGCUGCCCAAAGGGGUCCCGGGGGAGUCUGGGCUGCUGAGAAAAUCAGUGAUGCUCGAGAGGGCAUUCAGUCAUUCUUCGGCAGAGGACACGAGGAUACCAUGGCUGACCAGGAAGCCAACAGACAUGGCCGCAGUGGCAAGGACCCCAAUCACUACAGACCUGCUGGCCUGCCUGACAAAUACUGAUCGUCCUCCUAUUAGCUCAGGAGGCUGUGCUGGGGGCCUGAGGGCGGGGGCUGGGCUUCUUCCUACCUAGGAACCCUGAAGAUGCUCUCUGGGAAAACAUAGGAUACCUCUCAUGUGUGUAUCACACAGGGGUUUCAGAACUGUGCUACUCUCGCAGUAGUAACCACUCGAUGAGGAGAGGGUAAUAAACAAGUACUUGGA